UUCUACCAGAAGUCACAGAGGAGAGAUUUUUGCAAGGUAGCUUUCGAAAUUAUAUUAAAUUAAAAGAAAAUUAAGUUAAAAUCGGGGCUCUCUCCAUGGUCCGUCGUCCGAGGGUUAAUUAAAAGUGCAAUUAUUAUUUUUCUGACUUUUACCGCAAUGCAACGAACGAAUUAAAGAAAGGAAAAAUCUAUAAAAGUUUGAACAAAUAUUCGUUAUUGAAGAUCACAUUUUCAUCGUUGACUCUGGGUUAGUUUCCAACAGCGGCGUAGUUGGCUGAUUGAAAGCUUUUCGCUCGGAUAUUUUCCGCCGCGGUCGAAGACAAACGAAGGAAAAAAAGAGAUGAGCGGAAUCGGAGCCAUCAGCGAUUGUUCAAUUAUGGAAGACGUUUCCGAGGACAGUGUGCGGGCUGGGAACAACAUCGAUCGGUCGAGCCUGGAUUCGAUGAUCGAGAUUCUAACAUGAGGCGCGAUAGAACGAGCGCCGCGUCUACCGGAAAUCGACCAACCACUUCCGAAGAAAGGCAACGUUAUGCUGAACGUCGUGGCGCCUGGAAAGCUUGUUCUAACCUUGCAAUCGAUCCCACCAUUCGUCGUCGAGAGUGUUUUCGCUUUGGCUUUGGCUGUGUUGCUAGCCACACCUUUGAUCCUCCACCUUCAACAUUUCCUAGACGAUUCGAUGAAAUCGCGCGCGGGUAUCACCCCGGCACAUCGAGGCAUCCAAGAAAAGGAACGAAGUCAGCCCGUUGUAACGCAUUACCCCGCAUCGGUGUUCGUCGAUUCCGCUUCGAGUUCGAGCGUGAACCUGCUGGAAUCCGCUCGCAAAACGAUCUCGACGCCGAUCCUUCAAGCGAGCGGCGACAACGUGGAUGCACGUAGAGAGAAGAGAACGCAGCUAGACUUCCAGGAAGACGAAGGUGCAACGAAAAGGAAGGAGGUACCUCUAAAACAAUCGUCCUCGUACGUCGCCACCAAUUCCGAGCUACCGAUCAUCGACAUAUCAGCGUUCGAUUACGAUGCUUACCGUUACAAGCUCAUAGAAGCCGCCCUGAAGAAGCAGUACGAUGACUACCAGCCACCGGGCGACGUGGUCCUCAACUCGAUUCAUCUGAACGACGACGAUUCUUCGAUCGCUUUACGAUUGAACGAUCGUUAUCAUCACAGUCUGUUCGAUUUCGUCGAGGAGUAUUACGAUGCUACCCAGGGGAUGAGCAAGAGGGAAACGGAGUACAUGCAUCCGUUGGAUCAUUUCCUUGCGAAGGGCACACAGAAACCGGAAACCGUGGAGAAGGAGACGGAAACGCGACGGAUCGAGGUAGCCGAUGCUUUUGGCCAAGAUGAGAAGCCGAGGAUAUCAUUUAACGACGAUACCAACGAAUCGAUGAAGAGAGAAUCGAUCGUGAAAAAGAGUGUAAGAUCAUCGAACCCGAGGCCGUCCAGUACGGGCGCUGAUUCCACAUCCUCGAAGAGGUCCACGUCCGCGCGAUCGUCCGCGAAGAAAAGCGCGACGAAAUCCUCGAGAACGGCGUCGAGCACAGAUUCAGCCAGCUCGAAAACGCGGAAACGCGAGGACAGAGGAGAAACAUUCUCCUCGGUGGACGGAGGCGAGAGAGAAUCCAUCAAUUGCACGACCAUCAGUUCCAUCGAUUCCGAGAGUGUUCGAAGCGAGUCGAGCAAGCUUCGAGAUGAUCAUUCUUAUCAUUCUCGGGAUUCUUUGCUCGCCUCGAAACGUCUUAAUUCCGACAAGCCUCAAAUUCUGCCCUGGAUCAGCGGAAACCCGCAAAUAUCCUUCAAUAAAAAAUAUGGACAGACGAAUAAGACUUUGAAAUCCAAAAAAAGUCCAACCAUCAGAAGAUCAAUUUCGAGCAAACAGUCUGUACAAGAAAAUUCAGAGUCCUCGUCUCACAUUUCCACCGAGCCCUCUUCGAUCGGUAGAACUUCCUGUAGGAACGAUUCCAGGUUGAGAAACAAUCAACCCGUCAAGUUGGAAGCGAUCAGAAGCGAGACGGAAGAAUUUUUGAAGGACUCCUACUCGAUGAACGAUGAAUCGGGAAGAGCUUGUUCGUCAACCAAGUUCUUCGACAAAUCUGAAUCUUCAAAGAUACCCGAAUCCAUCGAUUCUCCUGUGAAAACCGUUCAACAUCCUUCCGGAGAACGGAAUCUUUCGAAAGAGGAUCAGCAGUGUUCGAGCAAGUCCUUGAAGAGUCCGUCUGAAAAAUCUUCGAAACUCUACAGAAAACCGAGGUCGAAGACGGUCAGUCCUGCGAAAGCAAGUCCUAGAUUAAAGGAGCAGCUGGAAAACGCGUCGGUGGAUGGAAACGCGAAGAAAAUGGCGCCGGAAAGCAGCGGAAGCUUCGGAAAAUCGUAUUCUAGUUCCUUCGGGAAGAAAAAUCCGCUGGAAUCGAUGGAGAAUAAAGAAGAGAAGAUAACGGGCGUUCGGGAAGUUCCGAAGUUCAAAAACUUGGGUUCCGCUACGACCACGAAGAGUAAUUUCUCGGGGAACAAGAUGGCUGCCGAGUGGAGGAGCUCGCAGCAGAAAACAAUUGAUUCCAAAGCGAACACUGCGAAAGUCAGCUCCAGCAAGUCGGCAUCGAGUGACAGAAAGAUUCUGAAGAGUGGAAACAGAGAAAGGAGUAGGAUAAAUAGGUUAGGUUUGAAGGAGAGUGGUCCGGAUGGAUUGAAACUACCCCGUCGUGACUCGAAGGCUGGUAUUGCCAUGCAGGUCGGUUUGAAGAAAUAUAUAAAAAAGAUGAAGAGAGUACUUUCGGAUCGUGAUAACUCUAAUAUCGGGGAAUUGGCUUCUUUGAGUUUGACGGACGCCAUUCUGCCAGACUUGCAGUCGACUCUGUCGACCGUGGAGGUCCAACAAGUGCAGAAUUUACUUACCAUGGUGGAGAAAAAGUCUGAAUUAAUUUCUUCUAGAUAAAUUUCAACGCAUAUGUCGUAAGCAUUGUUUCGUGAAAUUUCUUUUUAUCAAACGAGUUGUCUCUGGGCUGAAAGUGGUGAAAGGAUUUGAAAUUGCGAUACCUAUUUUGUUUAACAAUUAUUUUUAGGGUGUUGCAAAAUAAAUUAGAAAAAUGGAAUGACAAGUUUUGAUUCCUUUAUUAAAAAUUGUUUCCAUUCUAUAAAUUUUAUAAUAGAAAUGAUUGUUAAAUGAGAAAGAUUGAAAAACUUCGAAUCCUUUCCUGUCUUUUGGCUCUGUCUAAUUUGACACUGAAGUAGCAAGGGUGUUUGAUAAAGUUAAGGAUGAAAGUUCGUCCAAGUUUUGUUGUUAAAUUGAAUUUCCAGAGACGUUCACUUUGAUUGCGAUUUAUUAAAUUUCUGCGUCUCUGUUCGUCACGGUAAGCAUCAUGAUCGUAAGAUUUAAACGUCUGCUUGAGAAGUUCGGGUAAAAAGAGAGGAGGGGUUGAACAGAUAAUGCACCUGUUACCGAUUUAAUUAAGUCACUCGGAGAGCUACCUUAUUUACUGUGAUCAUCCUAUCUCGUUAUAACUUCAUAGUUUUCUGUGAUAUAUCUAUUUUAUAAAAGAAUAUUAUUUUAUACCUACAUUAAAGUAACAAGAUUUUUAUA